AUGGCGGGGCGCGCGUCCAUCGGCGAGUACGUGGUGACGAGCAAGCUCGGCAGCGGCUCGUUCGCCGUGGUGUACAAGGGCUACCACAAGACGAGCAAGACGCCCGUGGCCAUCAAGGCGCUGUCGCUGCACAAGCUCAACGGCAAGCUGCUGGCCAACCUCGAGAUGGAGAUCGCCAUCAUGCGCCAGAUCGACCACCCGAACGUCGUCAAGCUCUACGACAUCAAGAAGACGGACAAGCACAUGUACCUCAUGCUCGAGUACUGCGCCGGCGGCGACCUGCAGCAGUACAUGCGGCGCCGCGCGCAGGAGGGUGGCGACCGCGCCAAGCUGCUGAGCGAGGACGUGGCCAGGCACUUCCUGCGCGAGCUGGCCAAGGGCAUGCAGUGCCUCUGGCAGCACAACCUCAUCCACCGAGACCUCAAGCCGCAGAACCUGCUGCUCGUCGAGGACUCGCCCACCUCGGCGCUCAAAAUCGCGGACUUUGGGUUUGCAAGACACUUAGCCACGACGUCCAUGGCGGAGACGCUGUGCGGGUCGCCGCUGUACAUGGCGCCCGAGAUCUUGAAGUUCCAGAAGUACGACGCCAAGGCCGACCUUUGGUCUGUGGGCACCAUCCUCUUCGAGAUGGUGGCGGGCCGCCCGCCCUACGGCGGAGCGAACCACGUGCAGCUUCUGGCCAAUAUCGAGCGCCAGCCGCUGCGGUUUCCGCCAUCGCUGCAGCUUUCCAGAGAAUGUCGACACCUGCUGGUGGCUUUGCUGCAGCGAAAGCCGGCGCUGCGACUCGGAUUUGCCGAAUUUUUCUCCGAUCCGUUUGUGGAUCUGCAGCCGUUACCCGAGCAGGUUGAAGAGGCUGAAGCUGUGCGUCGCUCGUCGAACCUGUCGACGACUGCUAGCAUUCGAGAAGAGGAGGAAGAAGACGAUCAGGGACUUUCGGGGCGAUGGGGCUUUUCAACUGCGGGCAGCAGCAGAACAGUAGCUGAACACGAGCUGGAGACUGGAAGUUCAACCCCUUCGACCACGCCUCGUCGAGGCUCGGGAAGUGACCGUCGGUCUCGCGCGUUCUCAGUUUCUCAUGACUCGUCCACCUCAAGCUCGCGGUUUGCAAGUACGGCUCCGUCCGGAAUGAUGCGGCAAUCUCGCAGUGGGAACCUGGAGGUGAUGGAGACUGCCUUUGCUAGCGCGAGUUCCGGAUCUGGGGCUCUGCGUCGGUCGUCGUCAUCACGGCUGGCGCGCAGUCGUCGUGCCACAUCCAGUGGCAGCGGAGCUGCUGCAGGUUCAGGUGUGAGUCCAAAGCUCAGCCCGCAGAUGAGCCCACAUGUACUGCCCAGUCCUAGUCCAAGCCCAAGGAUUAACCCAUUCAAGCAGCUCCCAGAGUCGCCUCCUGGAGCUGCAGCGCUUCAACAGCAGCACCAUUCGCUCACGGGGUCGUCUCGUAUCAAGAUUCCUGCUACCACUCCAUCAAGCAAUACGGAGGCUAUGGCGCCAACAAAGAAAAAUGCUGGUGGGGGUCAUGCGUUGGACAGCAGUGGUGAUGCUGGAGAAACCUUUUCUCGCGAGUACGGCCAACAGCUCAUCGACAUUGUGGUGCUGCGUACGCAAGCAAUCGCACCAAUCGCAGAUCAGCUCUGGACUUUAAGCGCUGCUGGGGAUGCUGUCUCAGAGACCGAGCACACAAGUGAGCCGACAGGGGAAGGCUGGUCGCCACAACAGACUGUUGCAGAGAACUCGUCGUUGUCGACCUCUGGCGGAAAGCGUGCUAGUGGCGUCAACUUCUCGACCGUCUUUUCGAUGAGCUCGUCGUUAGCUUCGUCAAUCGGAGUGAGCAACGCGCUUGGUGAUGAUGACGAAUGCGACGAUGAUGAUGACGAUGAUGAUAAGCGCACCGCUGACCGCCAGUAUGUGUGCGCUGCCGAGGCAUUGGCAUUGUACGUGAAGUGCCUUCGUCUCGUACAGCACGUUGUGCUGUAUUUACGACAGGACGCAGCUUUCGCUCAGUCUCGAGGCUCGAUGGGAUCAUCUGGUUCGUCAUCAGGGGCCCCAUCCAGUUGGAGCGAAACCAGUCGAAAGGUGUCGAUGGCGUUUCUAUCGGAGCAGCUGACACACUUUUUGGAUCGUGCGGAGCAAUGCAAGGCGCGUAUGGCACGUACUGCACGCCUUCGGAGUUCGACCCGCCCUAUCGCAUCACAAGAAGAGUUGUUGUAUGCACACGCGCUUAGAAUUGGACGCCAAGGUGCCAUUCGUGAAGUCUUGGGGCAAACACGCGCAGCGCAUGACCACUACCUGCAAGCACUGCUCCUGCUAGAGAGCUUACUCAUGGAUACACCAGGCGCGAAUGGGUCACGCAUCGGUGCGUUGGCGGUAGAAGACCAGAAGAACGUGAACAAUUUCCUGCGCGCGCUCGAACAGCGCUUGAAGAAUGUUCGUGUUUUGCUCGAGGGCGAAGAGAACGCGGACGCAAGUGCCAGCCAUAUUCGACGUAUGCAGCACCCACCU